ACUAGUGUAGCUGUUCAGAUAGAAGGGGCAAAAAAAUUAACAUUAUCUAUCCAGCAGCCACCAUCAUGCAUGCGUUGCAGGCCAGAUUAGAUAGAAGGGUGGACUCAAAUUUCUGUUUCUAUAUUUGCCACCUCUUGUACGGACGAUGGAUCUGUAUCUCCUCCUUUGCUUUUCCCAUCAACCACUUAAUUUCAUUAUUGAAGGACCUUUGCAGAUCGAUGUAGCUUAAAGAAAGCAAUCGCUGCUCCGCUCAGAAAAAAAAUGAGCAGGGAGAGGGUUUUAUUUUUUCCUUCCGUCUUAUAUCUAUUCACUUUGAAUAGCUUCCAUCCUGGCUUGACCGAAACAGCUCUCGGCGUUGCUCGUUCCUCCCAAGUCCCAUCCAUCCAUUUCGCGCUUUGCCUGAGUGCGCUGUCUCACAUACUCUCUCCGAGAAGUUACACAUUGUGACAAUGGCUGCUGCAAGCAUGGUACGUCAAACCGCUUGCAAUCAAUCAAAGCCCUCUCUUGCACUCAAAACCCAGCAUGCCUCUCCUUUAAAUCUCUUCUCAAUACCAUCAAGAUUGAGUUUUGGAGCAAACAGCGAAAAAGGGCUAGUAGUAAAAUGUUCGGUGGCAGCUGCAGAACUCAAUUCCAGGGUUGCGGCUUCUAAUGACAGGGGAAUCAAGAAUCCUAUAAUUGUCAUUGACAAUUAUGACAGUUUCACUUAUAAUCUGUGCCAGUAUAUGGGAGAGGUGGGCUGCCAUUUUGAGGUGUAUCGGAAUGACGAGUUAACUGUGGAGGAUUUAGAAAGGAAAAAGCCAAGAGGCGUCCUCAUAUCCCCAGGCCCAGGAACACCCCAGGAUUCUGGAAUUUCCCUACAGACGGUUCUAGAGCUUGGACCUACCGUGCCUUUGUUUGGUGUGUGUAUGGGGUUGCAGUGCAUUGGAGAGGCUUUUGGAGGAAAGAUUGUGCGCUCACCUUAUGGUGUCGUGCAUGGAAAAGGUUCUCCUGUAUAUUAUGACGAGAAGGGGGAAGAUGGCUUGUUCGCUGGGUUGUCUAAUCCUUUCACUGCUGGAAGAUACCAUAGCCUUGUGAUUGAAAAAGAGAGUUUCCCUGGUGAAGAACUAGAGGUUACAGCAUGGACUGAGGAUGGCCUCAUAAUGGCUGCUCGCCAUAGAAAAUAUAAGCAUCUGCAGGGGGUGCAGUUCCAUCCAGAAAGCAUCAUAACAUCUGAAGGCAAGACAAUUGUUAGGAAUUUCAUCAAAAUGGUAGAGAGAAAAGAGGCUGAAUCUGAGAACUAGAAGCAUGUCAAGAAUCAAGAUAUACAGUGAAUAAAAGCAAAUAGCAAUUGGCUCGUUGCAUGAAUGCGUCGAAUCAGCAUAAGGAGUCCCCUCUUUAUUGGGAAAAAGAACCUGCAAGACUGAAUUAGCUCUCGCACACGCACACCCAUGUGAUCACGAAGUCCCACGAGAGGGAUUCAUUCUGGUUUGCCUCUUUUGUGGAGUUCUACACUUAGUUUUGGAACCUACUGCUGAUAGAGAUCUAUUUCCAAAGACUUGUUAUUGAAUAUGACUAGCUUAAUGCAAGUACUGAUAUAAACAAUCAAUAAACUUUAGCAUUACUGGGUU